UUUACUUAAAAAUUUCUUUCUAAUUUCAAUUUUUACUCAUAUUUUUGGCUGUUUUCGUGCAUUUUUUCCUCAAUUUUUGACGAUACGAUAUAUCGUCGAUAUUGAUUUUUCAUAUCGAUAUGUCGAUAUUGGAUCUCAUAUCGAUAUAUCGUUUAAGAUAUCGAUAUAUCAACACCACUACUCGAUUAUCAACUUACGUUUUUCUUUAUUCCUCAGAAAUUUGUAUUUAAUAUUGAACUUUUUAAAGAAAUUCACGUAAAAAUCAAAAUUUGAGUGUCUUAAUUAUCAAUUCUGCACUUCCUCAAGCUUUACUUCCAAAGAGCAGACGAUUUUUCGUAAUUUGUUUAUGACCAAACGACCAGUUGUUGAUCAAAUCUGCACAAUUCACAACCGGCGAAAAAAAUUCCCCUGUAUUUAAUUUCGGUAUCAGAUGAGAUCUUACUGUUGAUCGACGGAAAAUUUACUCAGUUUCAACCUUACGAAAGUUCUGAAUGACAUGUGUUGAUUUUACUAUUAAAUUGAUCUUUGUGUUAGUUGAUUUGAAGGAGCUACUAGAAGAUUCAGCUGGUGCACAUGUGAAAAACGUUAAUUUGAAAUAUAUCCAGUCUUGAUUGAAUGCUUCAUAUUCCAUGCAUUUAACAGCCGCAAACGAUAUGUCUACCGAGAAAGAUAUUACCAAAGCUGUCGAGAACGAUAUCACCAAAGUUGUCGAGAACGAUAAGAUCACCAAAGCUGUCGAGAACGAUAUUGUAAAAGCUACCGAAAACGAUAUCGCCAAAGCAGCCGAAAACGAUAUUGCUAAAGCUGCUGAACAAGAUAUUGCCAACAUCACAGAAGGAGAACCAUUUAUUUACGUAUGGCGUAUAACCAAUUUAGGAGAACUCGAAGACGCGUCCGCUGUGUUCUACAAAACCAUCACGAUAUCGUCCGAUAUUUCGAUUGAAAUCAAAGUAAAACGUUCACCUUUACGCAUUUCUCAUUUACCCGAUUACCUGCACGAGGGUAAAAUACGUAUACGAGAUGCGUCUAUCGAAGCCAUGCUCUUGUGUAAAUCGUCUACGUACAUCAUGUCCAAAUGUACUGUAACACUUUGUUCAGUCGUCGAAGAUUUUAGUGAUGGUAACGUAGUAAUAAACAAUGUAUUUGGCGGAUCGAUUGAAGAAACUACCGAAACAGACUUUACUGCAUCUUACCAACAUACCGAUAUUAUGACAUACGACGUUGAAAACCCCAACGAUAUGCUCGAGAUGGUCUGCGAAUUGCAAAUCAUUUUCUCUUCAAAUGAUAUCAACGCCCAUAGCAACCCGAAUCUUAAUUUCGAACAUUUGUUUGAAAAUCCGAAAUAUAGUGACUUUGUCUUCGUGGUGGAUGGGCAAGAAUUUCAUGUCCAUAAAGCAAUCGUAGCUCUUUGGAGCCCAAUUUUCGAAGCAGUUUUUAAUAAUAAUACGACUGAAAAAAAAGACCUGCUCGAAAUCAAAGGUGUUGAUCCAAACGUAUUCAAAGAAGUAUUACGUUUCAUGUAUACGGGUAAAAUCGAAAACUUCUACGAAUUCGCGUUGGAGUUAUUGAAAAUUGCCAAUAAGUACAAAAUAAAAGGCUUAAAAACCGUUUGCGAACAACGAAUGUGCGUUCAUCUGUUGGAUCUGCCAGUCGAAGACGUUGUUAUUUUGUUGGCUUGUGUGGAUUUGUACAAAUGCGAAUGGUUAAAAACCAGAGUAAUUAAUCAAAUGAUUUCUCAAGGUAAUUCGGUUAUCGAUACACAUGCAUGGAAAACGUUAAUUUUAUCAAAUCCUUUGUUGAUGAAUGAAAUUCGAGAUGCCAUGACUCUUGCCAAAGUUCCUGUUAAAUUUUAAAUUCCAUUUUGUGUAUUUGAAGUAGGUAUUCGUUUUUAUUUUAAAUAGGUAUAUAGUACGAUCGUUUUAUGCAGAUAUAAUCCUGUUAGUAGGACAACGUUUGUUUAGUUUUAUAUUUCUUUUUUUAUUUUUUAGUAUCAUUUUUUUUUUUUUGAGUGACCAUUUUGUAUCGAGUGAUUGUUAUUAUUUUUGUUCGUCAUUUUUACAACAAAAAAAAGUUAUCGAGAUGAAAAAAAUUGAGACGGUGAUAUUAUUCUGAAUAAAGAAUCUUCGUAACUUUUUCA